CCGAUAGAAAGAGAGAGAGAGAGAGGCGUAGGCGCAAAGAAUUUUCACAAUGCCUGGAAGCUGCUUCUGCUGCAGCCAAGUCAGCAAAAUUGUCCUCGUUAGUAACCGAAAACUAUUGACAGGCGAAAGGUCUAAGUGCAAAAACAGGAGUUGGACUAAAACUAAUAAGACCAACUAAUUAUUCAAUUUUAAAUGGCUUCAAUGCCCUUGAAUGGGUCAACUGCAACAUCGACUAAUGCCAAUUUGGAUGAUAAUGAAACCUAUCAAAUUAGCGACGAUGAUUUAGAUGACUUGGACGAUGAUUGUCUCUUGGAGGAGGGUGAACUAUCGGCCGGUGGCAAUGGUGGCCUGGGACGUGGACCCUAUGAGCGUGCCUGGACCACAGAGGCAACACGUGCUCUAAUACACAUACGUGGUCCCAUGGAGGGCAGCUUUACCGAGGGACGACAAAAGCGCACGGCACUUUGGCUUCACUGUACCCGGCAACUGCAACGUCUGGGCUUUCGCUACAGUGCGGCUAAGGUGCAAAAGAAAUGGCACAACAUAUUGAUAACCUACAAUAAGAAUUUGAGCAAGAAAUAUGUCUCCGGCUAUGUGCAUUGGGAAUUUUUUGAGGAAAUGUUUAAAUAUUUGCAAGGCAAAAAAGCCGAUUUCGAUAUGCAGUUGCCAGUUUCAGCGACUCAACAACAGGCACAACCACAACAACAGCAGCAGCAGCAGCAGCAACAACAAUCCCAACAGCAGCAACAAUUGCCUCAGCUUCAACCCCAACCCCAAACGGAUUUAGUUAACUAUCAAAAAAAAUCAGAGGCAUCAACUCCGCCGCAAUUGCAACUACAACCGCAGUUAAAAGACUCGGCCUCCAAUCAGCCGUAUAUAACACCAGUGGAUCAAGUUCUCUUACAAUCCCAAAUGAUAUCGGAUAGCAAGUCCAAUGAUGAAUUCGAUGAGGAUAGCAAUAGCCUAUCCGAAGUGCGUCAACCCAAAAUGGAAUAUGAUCCCGAUCAGAGUCAUGAUAAUGAUCCAACCAACGACAGCAGUCAACAUCAAUUGCAUCAUCAUCAGCAACAACUGCAAUUGGUGGCCAAUGGCAAUUCACAUUCAAAUCCACAUUCCACUGCCGCCGAUGAUUUGUGGUGGAAGGAUUAUUUUGAACGUAAAUUGGAAAUGGAACGUGAAAAAAUGGAUUUACAGCGUUCGUUGCAACGUGAACAAGUUCAGAUUCAAAAGAUGUCCUUGGUCCAGCAGGAGCGUAUUGAACGAAUGAAAAUCGAUGCCAUUAAUAGUCUAACGGCCACAUUACAGAAAUUGGUCGAGGCCAAAUGUCGGCGAGCAUAAAUUCCAUAAAAAAAGCAAAAAGAUUUUUCUACAAAGUUAUGUGUGAACAAAUUUUAAAUGUUUAUUCAAUAUCCGGUGUAAAUAAAAUUUCGGCAAACCAACAAUUAGUUAAAAA